GUUCACUUCUUGGCCAAUUCCCCCGCUUCGUUUUCGUUAGCUCCUCUGAUCGUCACAACGACCGUCGAGGAUUUCUUUAAACACUUCUUGUGGACUUCCAGGCGCAGUCGAGCAAAAUCAACUAUCCAAACUAGUUAAUAAAAAAAAAUAUAUAAAACGUUACAAAAAGUUUGAAGAAAUUUAAAAAAAGUUAAAAUGAUUGUAAAAGCAGUGCGUUUUCUUAUUGGGGAAAGUGUUUGAAAAGUUAAAAAUGAGAUUUCUCAAUUAAACUGUAACAUUUUCAUUUAGUGGAGGAGUUAAAAUUAAUAUUUUUUAAUGAUUUAGAAAUAACAGAAAAAAACUUAUCAAAUGCAAUGAAGGUAUAUUUACGUCGAAAAAGAAAACCGGACCUAAUUUCACUGAUCGCACUCCUUUUACUUGCUUCAUCAAGUUCGCAGGCUGCAGAAACGACAUCGAAUUCACGACAAAAAAGGAUUUUGUGGGUGACUUCCGAUGGUCGUUUAGCUUUACCGCCGGGUACCACUUUAGUCGUUGGACCUUCCCUUUCGAUGCCGUUCGUUCGAUAUCCUCCGGAAGGUUUUCACAGUAAUCUAACGAUAAGCUUACCAUUUACAAUUGAUUUUGAUAAAUUGGGUUUAACUGAUAAUGAAAAUCCUUACGGCGUAUUGCCGCCAUUAUUGGCACGAUCGAUGGGUAAUUCAGUCGCCGAUCUACUUGGAAAUUACAUAGAAAGUAUGCUAGACCAUAAAAAGAAGCGCAGGCAGAAGAGAGAAAACAUGCCCAAAUUGUCUGAAAAACACUUGGAUGCGUUUCAUGGCGGUGAAAGAGCCAUACUGUAUAUGGUAGUUCAAGAUUUUUUGGAAAAUUUUGGUUUGGAUGGAAAAGCAUGUUUAUUAAGAGCUAUUUGCGAAAUUCACGCUCAUCCGUUAAGAAAUUUCGGAUUAUUCGGAGAAUUUUUUAAAUUAUUUUUAACAGCCAGUAAGUCGCCAUAUUCGCAUUUACUCAACGAAUAUGUUGAAGCGGAAAAAUCUGGAAGAGGAACUAAAGACAGUCCAGGAGAAUGUUGGCCGUACUUAAAAGAUUGUCCUAAAUCGUUAUUUUUACCGAAACACAAUAAAUAUUCAGAGGAAUUAGACGAAAACGAUAAUGAAAUUGAUGAUGGGGAACAUUCAGUUACCUACAAAGCAGACACAUUAAAAAUGUAAUUAAGAAAAAACAUGUAUUAGAAAAUACAAAGAAAUAAUUUAUUAUUAUUUA